GGUGCUGUCUGCAGACUCUCCCUCUCCAGGCACAGUGUGAUCAGUGUCAGCUCCAGCAGAAUUGGAGAAGAGAGUGAUUGGGAUUCUGUUGAGUCGUUUCUAAUAACAUAUCAUUUUUGUAAUCUCUGCCUGUUCCUUGAGAACACUGUUGAUGUUACAUCGAAUCCACUGGGUGUUCACAGUGACAUGAAGAUUUAUUUUGUCCUUGUAUUUCUGUUUACACAGCAUCACCUGAGUGAAUCAAAAGAAAAGUACGCCAUUUUAGCUGCUGCAGGAAGUGAUGUUACGUUCCCUGGACCAAAACAUCCUGAAAUUUAUACAAGAUCAGCUUGGAUUUUUCAUAACCACGUAAAAUCAGACAUUGUUUCAUAUAGCAAAGUAUCUGAACCCCAAAUUCUAAUCCGAAAGAAGUACAAAAGUCGAAUUCAGCCUGAUGCAACAACUUUGACCCUUGUCCUGCUGAAUGUACAGGAAUCUGACACCGGUAUCUACAAAUUUAUUAGCCGUCGGCAUGUUCGCAUCAUAAGUGAAGUGACUCUUCAUGUGUUCAAACUGCUUGUUGAACCUCGCAUAUCCAGCAAUUCCAGCCUGGAAAACAGUACAAUUGCAUUGACCUGUGCAGUAUCAGGGAAAGUCGAGUCUGUCAUUUGGCUUGCAAUAACAGACGCUGCUGCUAAAAACCGAUACAAAUUGAUCCAUGAUAACACGACUUUGGUCAUCCAAGAUGCACAGAAAUCGGACUCUGGUAUAUAUGGUUGUUUCAUACGAAACCCGUUCAGUAAAUCCAGCGCCUUCUAUGAGCUGACAGUCAAAUGCUCUGAUGUGUUUACCUGACGGAUACCGAUAUGUUUACCUGAUGGACACCGAUGCGUUCACUUGGCUGACACUGAUGUGCUCACCUGACUGGUACUGAUGUGUUCAAAUACGUGCAUUAAUAUGUUUAACUGAUGGGCAUUAAUGGUAGGCAUUAAUCUGUUCACCAAACAGUCACUGAUGCUAUUCAUAAUGUUAUCAGCUGGUGAGUACGAAUAUCUUCACCAUCCAAGAUUUAUGUAGCUAAUAGUUGGCUAAUUUGUGUCCAAGGUUGCGACCAAAAUGCUCAAAUGAUUGUUCACAUAACGUACUAAUGUGUUCAACAGACCAACACUCUUCACAAGACAGCACUUUUAUUUUGAAGAUUAGCAACAUGGUGACUCAGUGGUUAGCACUGCUGCCUCACAGU